AUGGUUGAAUUGGAUGCAAAAAAGCAAUUAGCAAUUAGCAAUCUAGCACUUCUCAUGAUAGAGAUCGUUCUAUUAACUGAAUAUUCUUAUAUGAAUGAACAUCCUCAUCGAAAUCAAAAUUUGACUUAUGUGAGAUUCGCAAUUUCCGGAUAAGUUUUCAUGAUGCUAGCCUUUAUGGGCUUGGUUGCAACUUACUUUUUCCCACACAAAUACAUAAAACUUGGAAUCUUUGGAAGUCUAUGGUUAGGAUUUAUAUUAGUUUUUAUCGGUAUGAUAGUUGGGGCAAAAUACUAUAAAGAUGGUUAUGACACUAUUGCAUCAACUUGGUGGAUUGAAGUAGGAUUAACUAUCUUAGGCUUUUUGAAUUUCAUCAAAGCCUUUAGUAAUGAACCAUAACCUAAUGAAGAGUAUCAGAGAUAAGUGUGA